AAACGGCUCCUGUUAGUGGCCCUGAGACCAUGCAGCACGUGCGGAAGACCGGUUUUUUGCGAUGCUGCUCGGCGAUCGCAUGUGCAAAAGAAACCCGCGAAACAGCGACGCAGCUAGCUGACAGCUCGUGCCCCUCCGGCGGUUCACCAUGACGGCAAAAGUGGUCAUUGCAUUGCUGCUACUGGCGCUGACAGCGUACUGCGCUAACGGCCAAGGCCAGGGCAAAGGCUUAGGCCGCGGCAAAGGCCAGGGUCACGGCCAAGGUCGCGGCCAAGGUCACGGCCACGGACGAGGCAAAGGUGGACCUGUUGCUGUUGGGGGCCCACUGACAUCUGGUCCGCUCCCAGGAGGUGGUGGAGGCGGCCAGUUUCGCGAGUCCGGUGGCUUUCGGCAGACUGAGGGCCACCGGGUCGAGGAAGGUUUCGAGCAAACCGAUUUCUUCAACCGAGGUCAAGGCAACGGGGCUGCUUUCUUGGGCACCAACGCCGGAGUGCUGGAGUCGGGCCUGUUGCAGCAGGUGAAGGGCAAGUUCAAGAUCAUGGGCAAACUUCGCGGAUACACGGCCGCCGGCAGCUCCUUGCAGCAGCAGCAGGGAUAAUAGCCACAGAACCAUCGCCAAAACAGCCAUCAGCGUGCGAACUCUGUCGAAACUGUGUCUUACUAACACGUGAUCGAAGAAGGCAGGCGAAUUCUCUCUCUCUCUCACUCACUCUAUCUUGUUUUUAGCAAAAGCUUGUAUGUUUGUCGCUGUUAGAUUGGCACCGUAAAUGCGAAGACUGCUAUAGGCUGCAAAGUUCCCGCCGAGCGACAUUGCUAUGAAUCCUAAGCGGUCUGAAGUACACCAUGCGCGCCCACGAAAUUAUGCACACACGCAGACGGCUAGCGAAGUUGAUCAGCGUGUCCUGUACGAUGGUUAACCAAGGCGGUGCAAGUAUCUUAACCGGGUAUUCAUAACCGCAGAAUUUAGCGCGGUAUGAAAAGUACGUACUCCUAGCCAGGCGGAGUCCAGCAUAGCAGCCACAACCUCUAACUUCCACAGGUAACCAGUUGUGCGCGUGGCCACUUUCAUUGCGUUUUAUUGCGAUAUCA